AUGACAUACUUUGAUGUCAAUAACAAACAAAUUGGUAUAGAAGAAGUUUGUCAAAAGCCAGUUAUGUUACCCACAUUCAUUUUGAAUGGAUGGAAUUUAGAAAAUACAUGUUUUCUUUUCAGAUAUACUACAGAUAAAAGAAGCGCGGUAAUACCAGGACUGACUUCGGCUAAUGUUCAACGUUCGAUAACUCAAAUGAAUGUUGCAAGUGGUAGAGUUGGCAGACGUCUCAUUUUGAUCAGAAAUGUUUGCUCUACAAUUUAG